AUGCACCCAUUUGCCUUUCUCGUUGCUGCGUCUUUGGGCGUGGCAACUCAUGUCUUCCACUUUCAUGAAGGCGAGCAUCACUUGCAUCCUCAACGAUAUAUUCAAGUUGUUCUACUUUUGUUCCUCUCAGGCGCUGCAUAUAUCAAGUACCUUGAGCCAUGCAUAGCAAUCACGGCUGCCGCUCUGUUCUCGGUCAAGCUGCUGAGUAUCUACCUCUCAGGCAUCUACCUAAGCUUGGUGAUAUACCGACUUUUCUUCAACCCCUUGAACAAAUUCCCAGGCCACUUCUUAGCGAGAUUGACGGCAUUCCAUCAUGUCUUCCAAGUCGCCCCAAAGAAAGACAUGUACCGAAAACUGUACGACUCCCAUCAACGACUAGGCAAUUUCGUCCGCACUGGCCCUAACGACCUCUCUGUCGCCGAUGCCGACGUUGUCCGCGUUGCAUUUGCACCACAAUCUGUCUGCACAAAAGCCCCCUGGUACUCUAUUGAACUCCCUGCGUACUCCCUGCAUACAACUCGCUCCCACACGCAACACAACAAACGCCGCCGUAUCUGGAGCCCCGCCUUCAGCGACAAAGCCCUCCGCAGCUACGAACAGCGAGUGCUCAAAUAUAACAAAAUCCUGAUCGACCAGCUCGCCACCUUCUCCGGCAAACCGGUUGACAUGUCAAAAUGGUUCAGCUUGUGGAGUUUCGACGUGAUGGGCGACCUCGCCUUCGGACGGUCCUUCAACAUGCUGAACUCCGCGGACGGGCACUGGGCCAUUAAACUCCUCAACGAAGGCCAGGACAUGGUCGGUUUCGCUUUCCCCACCUGGUUCACUCGCUUGUUGUGGCAUACUCCCGGGGCACAGGCAUCCUAUAGACGGUUUAUGAAAUUCUGCGCAGAGCGGAUCGAGGAACGGAUGGCGGUGCAGGGGAAGCAGCUAGACCCUGAUAUCACGCAUUAUCUGAUUGAGGACUUUAAUGCACAGAGUAAGGAAGAACAGAAGAGGGCCUUGCAUUCGCUUCAUCUCGAUAGCAGGUUGAUUAUUGUUGCGGGGAGCGAUACAACCGCUGCAACGCUGACGUACAUGUUUUACCAUAUCGCUGCGGAGAAUGGGCUUCUUUCUCGUUUGCGGCAGGAAGUCGAACCGGCUAUCGGUAGUGAUGGGACGAUUGAACAUAAAGCGCUACAGGCUUCUACUCUUCUAAAUGGAUGCAUCAAUGAGACCCUACGUCUGCAUCCACCUGUACCCAGUGGACUCUACCGCAAGACUCCCCCAGAGGGUGUAUAUGUGGGAAAAGAAUUCAUCCCAGGAAACACAGUUAUACAAGCGCAUCUCUACUCAAUUGGCCACAGCGAAUCCCACUUCGUCCAAGCAGACGCAUUCAUCCCGGAGCGCUUCUCCUCUCGCCCUGAAUUGAUCAAACAUAAAGACGCCUUCGCUCCGUUUUCGAUGGGUCCCUAUGGCUGCAUUGGUAAAGCCCUGGCUUAUAUGGAGAUCCGGAUGCUAACUGCGUAUUUGAUUACGGAGUUUGAUAUAUCGUUUGCCCCGGGCGAGGAUGGGAGAGAUCUACUGUCGAAAACUGUAGAUCAUUUCACAGUUAGCCUUGGGCCGCUGAAUUUGUGUUUUGCUAGGAGGAGGUGA